UCUGCUGUGCGUGGAGCCACCUUGCAGGUCUUGUUGGGACAUGAGCUUUCACAUAUGCGAUAAUUAACAGGUGGCCCCAGCCACUGCUUUGCAUACAGCACGGUGUACCUACAGCUGCACAGGCAGAUCAAGUCACUGGGAGAGCUGCCUGCUGAACAUGAAGAUGCUCUGGAUGAGUCUUCUGACUCUAGUGAUGCCCAGCCAGAUUUAUGUGGUGGCUUUUCCUCUUCGCACCCCCAAACUGCCAACAAAUCCUCCUGCUGGACUAUCUGAAGCUGACAAGGAGUUUGCAAAGGAGUAUCUGCUGCACUUCUACGGCUACCAGCCCAAAUCAGAAAGACAGAGGAGGGCUGCAGGCAGCAGUGACGAUGUCAACAAGAAGUCAGAUAAGUUGAAGGAGAUGCAGCAAUUCCUCGGAUUGCCUCCGAGCGGAAAGCUUGAUAAAGAGACUCUUGCUGUUAUGAAGAAGCCGCGCUGUGGUCUUUCAGAUGUGGAGCCAUUUGAACACACAUUUCGCUGGAAAAACAGAACACUCAGUUACAGGAUCACUGAAGACAAACUCCCAGGACCAGCCUCGGAAGUUCACAAAGUCUUCAAGGCAGCAUGGAAGCUCUGGUCCCGCGUUGCACAGCUGAAGUUUCACAAGCACAGGAACAAGGCGGAUAUAGUUAUAUCCUUCAACAGUCACGAUCAUCAGGAUGGCACUCCGUUUGAUGGCAAAGGAGGAAUCCUGGCUCAUGCUUUCCCACCAGCAUCUGACACUGGAGGGGAUGUGCACUUCGAUGCCGAUGAAGACUGGAGUUUGAAUUCUACUGGUUUAAGCCUGUUUGCCGUUGCAGUGCAUGAAUUUGGUCAUGCACUUGGUCUUUAUCACUCUCCAGACCCUGGAGCCAUCAUGUACCCAGUAUACAACUCUCCCCCCAAAAAUAAGCUGCAGCUCUCUUAUCGUGAUGUCAAAGACAUCCAACGUCUUUAUGGUGCUAGUCCCAAAUAUGCUUUGCUGAAAAAGCUUCCUCCAAGAACACCUCACAAGUGUGAUCAAGAUCUGUCGUUCGACGCUGUAACUGAAUUACAACAAGAGAUCGUGUUUUUCAAAGGCAGGUUUAUGUGGCGCAAGCAUCCUCAGUUUACUGAAACAAGGAUCACCCUGAUCAACAGCCUGUGGCCAGAUGCUGUUCCCUCCAACUUGGAUGCUGUCUAUGAGAAUGUGGAGGGGAAUUUUCUGGUGUUUUUCAAAGGUCAUCAGUACUGGAAGAUGGUGCAGUCAAAAGUCAAGGAAGGAUUUCCCAGAAAAAUUUCAGACUUUGGCUUCCCCUCCAGAAUAAAAUCUGUGGAUGCGGCUCUCCACUUCAGAAAUGAACGAUACACUGUGUUCUUCACUGGCCAAGAGUGUUGGAGGUAUAAUGAGCAGCAGAGCAGGAUGGAGGGAUCACCGGUGCCCAUCGAACAGGAGUGGCCGGGGAUUCCAACUCCGAUUGAUGCAGCUGUCUUCCAUGAGGGAUUUGUGCACUUCUUCAAGAGAAAUCUUCAUUUCCAAUACGACUUUGUCUGGAAGCGGAUCAUAUCAACCAGCUCAACUAGUGACCUUCUGGAGUGCCAUUUGGAGACAAAUAAGGAAUCAUAUGCAGAGAAGCGAAAGCUACAAGACGGCCCUAAGUGGAGCUUCAUGAUGAAGAGGUUGUGUGUGAAUAAACACAGUUACAGAAUAACCACAACGUGUGAAAUACAAAACAGGGAACUGAUGAAUAAACUAAGGAAGUGGUGAAAAGUCUUACCUCAGCUUGUCAGAAUAAUGUGAGAAUGAGGUUUGCAUCUAUUAUCAAAGCUCAUUUUAUAAAUCAAAUUUAUUUUUUGUUCUAAUAUAUUUUCUAUUCUUUUUGUAAAUAUGGAAAAACUGUUGCAGAUAUAUGGAACACAUGACAUCUACUUGAUCAAGAGAUAUUAAAGCAAAUAAAAAU